CUGUGACCAGCGGUGAUCAGUCAAACUCAGGCUCGAACAGGAAGUUUCAUAAUUUGAAGCAAAUAUGAAGCAGGGACUGGAUGAGUUUACUCACCAGUGGACAGUGCUGCUCUUACUCUGUCUCACACCAGCCAUCUCCGCAGUAUGGAACUCUAUAACAGCCCGGUGUACAGAAACAGCCACACUACCCUGCACAGCCACACGGCUGGAGCAACACGAUUACCGAGCAGUCAGCUGGUAUAAGAUGAUCGAUGGUACAAACCGGACGGGAAUCAUUCGGAAGUCAGCAAAUGGAGUUCAUCUUUACAAGGAUUUUAAUCGGAGUGUGAAUCUCACUGAGAACAACUCACUCUCUAUUGUACACGUGACGGAAGAGGAUGCUGGAAUAUACCGAUGCUCCCUCUUUGCUUCUCUGGGAGGCACCAAUCAGGAUGGAGACGUGACCCUAUCAGUGUGUUUACCCCCAGAUCCAGUCACAAGUCCUACAGCAGCCUCGCUGGGAAAGUCUCUCAAUUCGUCACAGCUCAUCUCUUGGCCAGCACUGUGCCUCUGUGUCCCAACCACAGGGCCAGUCAUUGCUUGUCUGAGCUUAGCAGCUGUUUUAAAUAUUGUCAAAUGUCUGGCCUGUUACUGCAGCAUCUGGGUAUUCAGAAAAGUGAGGUAUCCCGAACAGGAAACAACACAAGAAGCUGUGAAUGUGGAGGAACAAAUGGUGCAAUCUCUGAGGGAACACAUCCAAAGGUUUUCCAUGGAGAAACAUCAGAGGAAUUCUAGAGUCCAGACACAAACGGAUAGCUCGUUACAUUCUGUAUAUGGUUAGACGGGCAUGGGUAGGGAGAGGGACUCACUCCCACCUUCCUGACUCUCUGUCUCUACAAUGAGUUCUCUGAGCACCACAGUCUAUCUCCCUGCAUGGUCCAUUAAUUAAAUCAAAAAAGCACAGAUCGUAGUGACCCACAGGCCCGUGUUGAGCCUUCACAUUGAGGCCAAAUCCUGCCUGGCUCAGGUCCCAGU